AUGAACAAAAUUUGCAAAACUGUUAUCUCUCAAAAAGGAAAAGUAAAACUAAAUGUUCAUAGUUUCUUGUUAGUUAAAGAAUGCUCGGUGGAAAAUACUUAUUACUGGAGCUGUGAGAAAAAAAGAUCUGAAAACUGUUCAGACUGUGCAGUAACUAUCUUUUCUAAUGAAACUCAUGACUUACUUGCUCAGAUUAUCCAAAAUAAUAUUGCUUCUGUUGAUGAAAAUUUGGUAUCUAAUAUGCCUUCAAAUGAUGCACUUCAUAUAAGAAUAAAGCACAUUAGAAGUUCUGAAAUGCCUCCACAAUCUCAAACUCUUGAUGAAGUCAAUGUGCCACUUUUAUUUCAAUAUACUUUAAAGGAAGAAUUGUUUCUUAUUAGAGAUUCACAAGUUGGACUAGGUCAGCUUUAUACUAUCCAUGCUCCUGUUGGUCUAAGUGAAAACUCUCAGAUCUUUUCACUCAUUUAUGCUCUUAUGAGCACUAAAUCAGAAGAGCUCUAUAUGCAGUUGUUUCAAGAUCUAAACAACUUUGUGACAGAAAAUGAAUUUAUAUUAAGAAUGUUAAAGAUUAUCACUAAUUUUGAGAUUGCAGCCAUUAAUGCAUCUU